AUGAUCAAUCCCGCAUACAGGUUUUUCUCCAGCAGCCAAGUCUACUUCGGCUUAAGCGAAAUUCCGGGAGUCGAAACCCAUUGGGAUGUUUGGGAUUGGAAUCAGCUACGGUUGAUCAAGAUCAAAGGCACUAAUAAUAUUUUACCGCCUGACGCGGAUGUUGAACUUCGAGUUUCAUCGCAAUUUGCCGAUUAUCUAUCGCCCACGGUCUGCGCUAUUACAGUCGACGACGAUGGGCUCCUUACUGGAAUCUCGACGGAUAUAGAAGAUGACGAUACCAAUUUCAUUGCGUAUCUUCCGUUUUCAGUCUUGACCUCACUCGAAAACUGCCGUAUUGCAGAUUGUCGUACGAUCAAAUACUCUGAACUUCAAGAAGUAGAUCGGCUUGGACCGGGAGUGGAUCUCUCAUUUUAUGUAGACGAAUUUGGGUCUUCACGAAAAGUCGCUUUUAAAUUUGAACCUGCCGGGAAGCCUCUCAGACUACAGAUGGCUUGGAAUGAGCUAAACCUUCUUGCUCUUCUACCACCACAUCCGAAUCUCGUCCCACUUGAUCGCGUUGUUCUCGAAGAUACAGAAUCUCGCGUCAUUGGAUUCACUACUAAAUAUAUUUCCGGUGGAACUCUCGCCGAUCAUCCUGAAAUACCCCUCCGAUUUGAAUGGUUGAAGCAGUUAACCCAGGUUGUGGAUUUCCUCAAUCUCGAACUUGGUGUAAUGCAUCAAGAUAUUGCACCUCGAAAUCUGCUUAUCGAUCCCGAUACAAGCGGCAUACUUCUAUUUGACUUUAAUUGGGCCUUCUACGGAGAAUCUUUGCUUGAGGGUCGAGAUGACGUGUCUAACGUCGUAUAUACAUUAUACGAGCUAGUCACAAACGAUACCCAUUUCUCAAGUAUCCCAUACGAGGAUCGAAAUAUUGAUAUAUCACAGGGCUCUGAGUGGACAUGCAAACGCGAACUAGACUCAGAUAUAUCGAAAUUUCGGAAUUUUCUGAACGAGUGGGUAACAAGAAGGAAGUCCAACGAGUCUACGAGAAUAUAUUGUAAUCCACCUAACCGGCUUACUUGGCCGGAGCAACCAACACCACUUGAUUACAGUGUGCCUUUUGAGCUAGGUGAGACCGAUGACGGGGAGCCGUUUUAUGCAACAGGCCCACGAUUAAGGCGCACGGCGAUUGGGAAAGGGCAGUAUUGUUUCCGCUGGGAAAGACCACCGCAAAGCAGGUUAGGUUUAGGAAGCAGUAACAGAUAG